CUUCAGACCCAUACUUAGAUCAACUCUGACUCGAUCCAAAGUCGAUGUAACUGGCGUUCUUGGUAUCGAUCAUCGCGUGUACUGCGAACUACUGUUCACGCACAAUGCCUCGAAUAUACAGAAACGUCACCGUGACCCAACGUACAACACCACCAUCAGCGCGACCGUCCCCGCACAUUCGUAUCUUUCACGAGAAACUCCCGGGAUAUGCGCCAACUUCACUUAUCUCGCUACCUUCCGUCGCACGCGAGCUUGGUGUAGCCCAUGUCCUGCUGAAGAACGAGGCAUCCCGCCUCGGCCUACCGGCCUUCAAGAUCCUAGGAGCCUCAUGGGCCUCUUGUCGCGCUGUCGCUCGUCAUGUGGGCUUGCCAUGGGAUCAGGAUGCCGUGCCUCCACUGAGCGAUCUCGCCUCUGUGCUGAAAGGCAGUGACAUCAACCUGACGCUUUUCGCCGCGACGGAGGGAAACCAUGGCCGCGCUGUUGCACGCGUUGCUCAGCUACUCGGGAUUGGAUGCACGAUAUAUGUGCCACGCGACAUGCCCGAUUCCACGCGGAACUUCAUCGCCUCGGAAGGUGCUCAAAUUGUGGAGGUCAAUGGAGAUUACGAUCUCGCAGUUCGCGAGUCGUAUGUCGCAGCGAACGCACACGAGGGUGGCCUCCUUAUCCAGGAUACUGCAUUCGCUGGAUACGAAGAGAUAUCCCAGUGGAUCGUCGACGGCUAUUCGACUUUGCUUCGCGAAGUCGACGAUCAAGUCGCUCAGAUGACGGGAAAGCGCGGACCAGACCUCGUCGUCACGCCCGUCGGCGUAGGGUCUCUCGGUCAAGCCGUCACAACCCACUACAAACAGCCUGACUGCUCAGCACGAACCCAAGUCGUCACCGUCGAGCCUGAUACGGCAUCCUGCCUUCUUCGGAACCUCCUCAAUCGUCCGCAAGCCAAUACUCCAGAGACGACCCUCAGAAGUCACACCAUCAUGGCCGGCUUAGACUGCGCUACUGUUUCCUCUAUCGCCUGGCCGAUCCUCCGAGAUGGCGUUGAUGUAGCUCUGUCCGUUCCCGACAUCGCAGCACAUCAGGCAGUUGAAAGCCUCCUCGCAGAGCAUCUCGACAUCGGGCCAUGCGGUGCCGCACCGCUUGCAGCGCUCCGCCGGGUAUCCGCCGAGACUGCCUCUGAACUGCUGAAACCCGACAGCGUCGUCGUGCUUCUCGCCACCGAAGGCACGCGGGACUACCCCAAGCCCUUCGACACCACGACGACCGACCCCGUCCAGCUCACUCAUAUCCUCACCCAGAUCGACUCCUCCAACCCCGAUCUCAGCGAGGGUGCGGGCGCGGGCGAGACCGCCAUCGCCGACUUCCUCUGCGGCUGGCUGGCGCAUCACGACUUCGAGGUGCACCGCCUCGAGGGCACGCCGGGGCGUCCCACAAUCGUGGGCGUCGCCCGGGGAAGUGGCGGAGGCCGGUCGUUGAUGCUGAACGGGCAUGUGGACACGGUCACACUCACCGGUUACGCCGGGGAUCCCCUGAGCGGCGAGCUGAAGGAUGGUGCUGUCCAUGGACGUGGGGCGUUCGAUAUGAAAGCCGGAGUGGCCGCGUCUCUCGUGGCUGCCCUUCGGGCGCGCAAUACACACGAACUGAGAGGAGACAUCAUACUUGCGCUCGUGGCUGACGAGGAGAACCUGAGCAUCGGGACGAUCGAGCUGUUGGCUGCGGGCUGGCGAGCGGACGCCGCUGUGGUGAGCGAGCCGACCGAACACGGCCUGAUGCUCUCGCAUAAAGGCUUCCUCUGGGCGGACGUUGACAUCCUUGGGAAAGCCGGACACGGCUCUCGUCCAGACUUGUGCGUCGAUGCUAUCGUGAAGGCGGGCCACUUCCUCGUCGCACUCGAGAAAUAUGGGCAAGAGCUGAUCGCUGGUAAAGUGAACGAUUCGCCAGUUCACCCAAAGGUCGGGACAGGGACAGUGCACGCUGGAAUCAUCAAAGGCGGGGAGGAGCUCACCUCAUAUCCCGCUCUCUGCACUGUGUCGAUCGAGCGGAGGACAGUUCCAGGCGAGACGCCCGAGCUCGUUGAAACACAGCUGCGUGUGCUUCUUGACCAUCUAGUCACCACUGUGCCGGAUUUCCGCUACGUCCUACAUAUGCGCGAUUCUCGGGCUCCAUACGAGAUCGAAGAAGGACAUCCGUUCGUCCACAUGUUCGAGAGCCACGCGCAGACGGUGAUCGGACAUAAGCCCACCGUAAUAUCUGGGACAUACUGGACGGACAGCGCUCUACUUGCGGAGAAGGGAAUCCCGACCAUUCUGUUCGGUGUCCAGGGAGAGGGGGCGCAUGCUGCGAAGGAGUUCGCCACCGUCCGUAGCAUCGAUCAGGUCACAGAGAUUUUGACGAAAGUCGCAAUUGACUUUUGUAAGUAAUGUGAAGUUGUUCUCCUGAAGGGAGGAAAACGGAAGCUGUGGCUUCGCCUGUGAUUCAUUUGCAAUUUUGAAAUGUAUACUUAUAUCGGCGCCCACUGUAACCCUGAUUUGAGCAGACGAGAAAUUUCUCUUACUUGCUCAAUCAUGCAUACGUUGAAUUUGUUUUUUUGUCGAACUGCCUGACUGAUGUGACGGUAAUCGACAGUCU